UACCUGAAAUUAAGAAACACAGUACAACUUAAACAAAUGGAAAACACCAAUCAGGUAAUCAACUUAUUAAUCUAGAACUUUCUCAGUUUCCUUUCCCCAGUUUAACUUCGAGCCCAUGAGCCCAUGGCUUCUUUAUGUCUUUGACAAACUACCUACUAUAUAACCGCAUAAACGACUUUCCCAAAGGAGAAACCAGCACACCAAACUACCCCCAGCCUCCCUUUGCCCCCUUUCCUUUUCCACCUAAUCACUGCUUCCCCUCACUCAGAUUCACCUCAUCACCUGUCACCCAUUUCUGGGUUUCGGUCAAUUGCUACUGUUUCUUAUUACCAACCUCACCAAAUCGACUCUCAAUCUUUACACAAAUUGGGUAGCUGAAUUCAUAAACUUCUGCUCUAUUAUUGUAGUCAUGAAUUAUCUGUACCCGAUAAAGGAAGAGUACCCGGAUGUUGGCUCGAGCUCAACGCAGUACUGGAGCGGGGAUCCACUGGUGGUGGCUCCACCGCAGCCCAUGGAGGGUCUGAAUGACACGGGGCCGCCGCCGUUUCUGAACAAGACGUAUGACAUGGUGGACGACCCGAGUACUAAUCGGAUUGUCUCGUGGAGCAGAACAGGUGGGAGCUUUGUGGUUUGGGACCCUCAUUCGUUUGUGAUGAACCUCCUGCCUAGGUACUUCAAGCACAACAAUUUCUCCAGCUUUGUCAGGCAGCUCAACACUUACGGAUUUAGAAAGGUUGAUUCGGAUAGGUGGGAGUUUGCGAAUGAAGGAUUUUUAAGGAGUCAGAAGCAUCUACUAAAGAACAUUAGGAGAAGGAAGACACCUUCUCAGCCUAUUCCACCGCACCAAGCGAUAGGCCCUUGUGUGGAAGUAGGGCGGUUUGGGCUUGAUGGAGAACUUGACCGUCUGCGACGUGACAAGCAGGUUCUGAUGAUGGAAUUAGUGAAGCUUAGACAGCAGCAACAGAGUACUAAAGCUUGCCUUCAGGCCAUGGAACAAAAGCUACAAGGGACAGAGAGAAAGCAGCAACAAAUGAUGGCAUUCUUGGCCAGGGCAAUGCAGAACCCGGCUUUGGUGCAGCAGCUAGUCCAACAUAAGGAGAAACGGAAGGAGCUUGAAGACGUCGUGACUAAGAAAAGGAGGAGGCCGAUUGAUCAAGGCCCUAGUGGCUUUGGUGGCGGUGAAACUAACCGAAGGGGCAAAGGAAUUAGCCAUGUUAAGGCUGAGCCUCUUGAGUAUGGAGACGGCUAUUAUGAAAUGUCGGAGCUAGAAGCGCUUGCAAUGGAAAUGCAAGGAUUUGGUAAGUCAAGAAAGGAACCGGAUGAAGAUUCGGAGCCCCUGGAAAUUGGGGAUAAAGAGCUCGAUGAAGGUUUUUGGGAUGAACUAUUUAGCGAGAGAUUUGAAGGGGACCUAAGUACUCCAAGUGGUGAAAUUGGUGAUGACAAAGAUGUCAUUAUCUUGGCUGAUCGCUUAGGGUACUUAGGUUCAAGCCCAAAUUAGAGCAGCUUAACUUCUUCGGGAUUUCUUCUCCUCUGUUUGCUGCCUCACUGACCAUUUCUUCCGGGUAGGAGGCUAAGGCCUUCAAGAGUUGUUUCAUAGUUUUUCAUUCCUUCUCCCCUUCUCUUUCUCCCCCUUUCUCUCCUUAUUGUUCUCCAUCUUCUCCUCCUUCUCUUGCUUCUCCUCCUCCUUCUCCUCCUCCUUCCCCUCCUCUUUCUUUCUCCCUUUCACUUUGCAUUGCUAGAGUCUCUUCAAGUCUGUGCCAUUUGGCCAUAAAUGUCAUCUGCAAUUGUUUCUUGGUACUAUUGACAGGAUAGGGGGACUAGCGGCUGUUUUUCUGAAGAAACCAACUUUGUUCCUGGUGUUUCUAAGAAUGCGUUUAAUUGCUUAUUGUCUCCUUUUCACACCUAAUACUGCCAUUUCUUCUCUCUUUUAUCUUGGUUAGGUUGCAGGCAUUGCUUGGACAGAAUCUCUGCUAGUUUUUAUAAUUAUCUCCUCCAAGGUUCUGGUUUAUUUUCAUAUAUCUCGAACCAUUGUUCCAUGUAUUAUGCAUACAUCCAAUGCUUUAUUUCUCUCUUCCUGUUGUAAUCUUUUUCACUGGCCUCGUAAAUGAAUGUAGAUUGUUGAUUAUUCAGAAGCAGUUGAACUUGAAAAGGAGUAGCUGCAAGCUCCAAGAACCAUAAACAUAAUGUUGUUUAUGGAUGGUUACAAGUAAUCAUUGGUAGUUAUAAUUUAAUUUUCUGUUACUGAAUUGUGUUACUGUGUAUAGCAAGAUAUAAAGAAGUGUUACAUUUGUACCGUGUAGAUCAUUCGUGCGAAACUUGGUUCUCUCAGUCACUACAUCAGCUGCGGACUCCAAACUGGUACAGUAUGAAUCUUUUAAAACAUAACAUAAAAAUGUGCUCUUUACUAAUGAUGUCUUACAGAUGAAGACCUGGAACCAGAUACAAAACACAAGAUUGGUUGAAGUGCUUAAUAAGAAUCUAAUUCUACCAAAGGGCAACAAUUGUUAAAUUUUUGUAUAUAGUGAAUUGAAACUUUGUUCUGUAAGAUUAUGUAAACUAGCUGAGAUUCUUUAUGCAAGGUGGGGUAAUAAUGUGCAUCAG